AUGAAGCUUAACGUCAAGACCCUCAAGGGCACCAACUUCGAGAUCGAGGCGAGCCCCGAUGCGUCGGUGAAGAGGAUCAUCGAGACCACUCAGGGUCAGAGUACCUACCCGGCAGACCAACAAAUGCUCAUAUACCAAGGGAAAAUUCUCAAGGAUGAGACCACUUUGGAAGGCAACGGAGUUGCUGAGAACAACUUCCUUGUUAUAAUGUUGUCCAAGUGCUCUAGUUGUUGGGUCAUUCAAUUCAGGUCUACACAAGCUAGGUCAUCUAAAUCUGGAGGGUUAUACAGUUACUGCAGCUUGUUUGGAGGGUCUAUUUCACCUGAAAGUCUAGAGCUGUAUAAGUCGAGAGUUUUGGAGCUCAAUGCUAGUGAUGAUCGUGGAAUUAAUGUGGUGAGGACGAAAAUCAAGGACUUUGCUGCUGUUGCUGUUGGUACUGCACGGAAAGCUGGUUAUCCCUGCCCACCUUACAAGAUUAUUAUACUUGAUGAAGCAGAUUCAAUGACAGAAGAUGCCCAGAAUGCUUUGAGGCGUACCAUGGAGACUUACUCCAAAGUGACCAGAUUCUUUUUUAUAUGCAACUAUAUCAGCCGGAUAAUAGAACCACUUGCAUCAAGAUGUGCCAAGUUUAGGUUCAAGCCUCUUUCAGAAGAAGUGAUGAGCAACCACAUUAUGCAUAUAUGCAAUGAAGAUGAUGUUAUUAUAGCAGAUGGAUAUCCAGUCUCACAGCUGAUGGCACAGUUUCUAGAUGUGAUUGUUAGCGCGGAUGAUAUUCAAGAUGAUCAAAAGGCAAGGAUAUGUAAAAAGCUUGGGGAAACUGAUAAGAUAGCUGAUGCGAUUGAGAAUGAGAAGGAAGUUUCCAAGACGUUUCAAAUCUAUAAUGUCGAUAGAGCUGUCUGUGGUCGGGUAGCAGGUUGGGUUUAUGUACAUGUAUCCCUCCGUGGAUCAAACAUGUAA